AACUGACAGCGGAGCAUGUUCCGAACCGCAGACGGGCAAGACGAGAGACGCAUAGAGGAGCUGCACAAGCGGCGCAACUUCCUGGCCGCCUACUGCAAGCUCAUCGUGUACAACGUGGCGCCCAUACGCCGCGCCGUCGACGUCUUCAAGCAUUACAUCAAGUGCUACAACGACUACGGCGACAUAAUAAAGGCGACGCUGAGCAAGGCGCGCGAGAUCAACAAGCUGAACUGCGCGCUCACCAUGGAGCUGGCCAUGCAGGCGCUGUUCACCGACCUGCGCACCAAGCACGCCAACCUGCAGCGCAACCUGCCCGAGUUCACCGAGCUCAAGGAGCUGGCGAAGCGGUUCGCGAUGAUGUUCGGGCUGGACGCGGUGAAGAACCGCGAGGCGCUGGUGGCGCUGCACCGCGCCGGCAUCGCCUUCGCGGCGCUCGACGCGCAGCCGCACGCGCCGCCGCCCAACCUGCUCUUCCUCGAGCCGCUCGCCGAGUUCUGCGCCAAGCUGCUGCGCCAGGACAAGCGCCAGGUGCUCAAGUUCCUGGACAGCAAGUUCCCGUCGCAGUGGGCGGAGGAGUGGCCGGCGCUGCUCGCCUACCGCACCGCGCUCGUCACCGACGCGCCCGACGACCGCGCGCCGCCCGCGCGCCGCCACUACGCGCGCAGGCACAGUGCGUACCCGCCCGCCCCGCGCCCGCACCCGCGCACCAACACACCUCUACACACUAUCUAUAGCUACUAUUAUCAGCUUCUACGUUAG